AUGUCAUACGCCCUUCUCGCGUCCACACGAUAUGACCCCCUUUUAAUGUCAUGUGUUUGGAACAAUGACAUAGACGGGCCAUCACCUUAUCUUCUCCUUCAUUACCAAGCAGACCGUCUCAUCGCGUCUGCCGCGCUCGAUGAGAAGACUUUCCGUCAUGGAACCACUUUGUCCAACGUCAAGGCAUUAUGUGACAAAGUUGUCCGUGAGCACAAUGAUUCUAGGGGGGAAACACCGUUGAAGAUUCGCGUCGUUUUAAAUCCUUCUGGAGAGCUUUCUGCCACUGUAACCCCGGUUAAAGCGUUCACGAGCGAUCCAACCCUGCCAUCUCUCUUCAAUCCCUUAACAGACGUUCCCCCCACGCCCGUCCUCAUCAUUCAUAUCGAUAGCCAGCCAACAUCAGACACCAUAUCAUUGAAGACAACAGAUAGGCGGGCCUAUGACGACGCACGUAUCCGAGCUGGCCUCCAACCUGUGGGCUCGUUAGACCCACCAGCUAGCGAUGCACCUGAUGAUGUCAUCCUGUACAAUACCCGGAAUGUUGUCACUGAGUCGUCUGUUUGUAAUGUUGCAUUCUAUCGCAACUGUCGUUGGGUCACUCCCCCUUUGGCCGUUGGUUGCAUAUCUGGCAUUUUGCGACGGUGGCUUAUUGAACAACAUCGCAUUUUUGAAGCAGUAGAGGAUGAGCUUACACUUGACAGCAUCAAGGAUGAUGAGUGGGUGCUUGUUUCUAACGGUGUCAUUGGUUGCCGGUUAGGACGGAUUAAAUUGCAUACUUCAACCAAUACGGGUGAUUAUGCCAAACUCUAG